CAUUGUGACUUAAAGCCUAGUAAUAUCUUGCUUGAUGAAGAUAUGGUUGCUCAUGUAAGUGAUUUUGGAAUAUCAAAAAUGUUUGGCGAAGGAGAAAGUAUUUUGCAUACCAACACCCUCGCAACACUGGGAUACAUUGCACCAGAGUAUGGAUCAGAGGGGAUAGUUUCAACAAGAAUUGAUGUAUAUAGUUUUGGAAUAGUUUUGAUUGAAACUUUUUCCAGGAUGAAGCCUAGUGAUGAAAUGUUUUCAGGAGAUUUGAGCCUUAGAAGCUGGGUAGAAGAUUGUCUUCCUGAUGCACUUCAAGUCGUUGAUGCAAACUUAAUAAGGCCAGAGGAUGAGCAUUUCACUCACAAGUUAAAGUGUGUUUUAUUGAUCAUGAAUUUGGCUCUAAACUGCUGUAGAGAAUCUCUAGGAGAAAGGAUGAACAUGAAAGAUGUUUUAGCAAAUUUGAAGAAAAUUAAACAGCAGCUUCUUCUGAUAGUAAGUACUUAGCAAUUUUGUGCAAAUUUUAUCUUUCAAGGUAGGAAGUUACUUUCCUUAUUCGUUUGCGCUCAUGGCCUACUAUUUCUUGUAGCCAACUGUCAGACCUUGAGUGGAUCAGGUACAAUGUUUUGACCAGAUCAAACGGAUAUUGCUAUAUAGUUCAAAAGCUUGAUUAUUUUGAAGGCUCAAGAGUUAUGUACUUGAUUCCAUAGGUGUCAUUAUAUAUGCCGAAUUUGGAC